CCUCCUUGUUCGUUCUCGGUGCCGCAAUCUCGCAAACCGGUUUAACCCAAGAACCCAAAGAUCUCUCUCUAUUUGAUCGGCUCUUCUUCCUCUCUUACUCAAACCCUUAAAAUCAAUUGUCGCGAUUUAGCAAAACCCUAGAUUUCUUCUACUCUUCGAAGUCGAUUUCAAUGGAAGGUUCAUCGUCAGCCAUCGCGAGGAAGACAUGGGAGCUCGAGAACAACAUUCUCACAGUGGAACCAACCGAUUCAGCCUCCGAUAGUAUUUUCCACUACGACGACGCUGCGCAAGCCAAAAUCCAGCAGGAGAAGCCAUGGGCCUCCGAUCCUAACUACUUCAAGCGUGUUCAAAUCUCAGCACUCGCUCUUCUCAAGAUGGUGGUUCACGCUCGCUCUGGUGGAACAAUCGAGAUCAUGGGUCUGAUGCAGGGAAAGACCGAGGGUGAUACCAUCAUUGUUAUGGAUGCUUUUGCUUUGCCUGUUGAAGGAACUGAGACUAGGGUUAAUGCUCAGGCUGAUGCGUAUGAGUAUAUGGUUGAAUACUCUCAGACCAACAAGCUGGCUGGGAGGUUGGAGAACGUUGUUGGAUGGUAUCACUCUCACCCUGGAUAUGGAUGUUGGCUCUCGGGUAUUGAUGUUUCGACACAGAUGCUUAACCAACAGUAUCAGGAACCUUUCUUAGCUGUUGUUAUUGAUCCAACAAGGACUGUUUCGGCUGGUAAGGUUGAGAUUGGGGCAUUCAGAACAUAUCCAGAGGGACAUAAGAUCUCAGAUGAUCAUGUUUCUGAGUAUCAGACUAUCCCUCUUAACAAAAUCGAGGACUUUGGUGUACAUUGCAAACAGUACUAUUCAUUGGACAUCACUUAUUUCAAGUCAUCUCUUGAUAGUCACCUUCUGGAUCUCCUUUGGAACAAGUACUGGGUGAACACUCUUUCUUCUUCCCCACUGCUGGGCAAUGGAGACUAUGUUGCCGGACAAAUAUCAGAUUUGGCUGAGAAGCUCGAGCAAGCGGAGAAUCAGCUCGCUCACUCCCGGUUUGGAGGAAUUGCACCAGCCGGUCACCAGAGGAGAAAAGAGGAUGAGCCUCAACUCGCGAAGAUAACUCGGGAUAGUGCAAAGAUAACCGUCGAGCAGGUCCAUGGACUAAUGUCACAGGUUAUCAAAGACAUCUUGUUCAAUUCCGCACGGCAGUCCAAGAAGUCUCCCAACGACUCAUCAGAUCCAGAGCCCAUGAUUACAUCGUGAAGUUGGUCUAUUCUUUUGUUUUGUCUGCGGAAAUUGACUUUUUGUUUUGACCCGGUUUAUGAGGCAAUGCACAUUGUUCCCUAUAUCUCUAGUGUAGUAUCUGCUUCAGACAAGCUCUUUGGGUUAUUAAAUGACAUUAACAUGA